GGCAGCGUAUUCAAGUAUUCGGAUAGUCGAGUGUGUUAUUAGUUCUGGUCAAUACUCCAAUUCGCAGAUCGAUUCACGCCGACCCUGAGAUAAAAGAGGGAGUGAGACAGAGGCGCUUGGAUAAAUGAAUGAAUGAGAUAGCAGAAAGGCGCGCUCUCCGGCGAGCGAGCGAAUCAGGAGGAGGAAAUGGUGAGAGGGGAAUCUCUGUGUAUUCGCGAAACUCCGUCGCGUUGUACAUCGCCGUCGUCGAAGUGCGUCUUUGUCGGUCUCUCCUCGCGAACACACCUGUGACGGCCAGGUGUGCUAACGAACUGUUAAGUGACGCGAUCGUCGCGACUGUCGCGAGUUUCGCAAUUUCGUAUCCGCCGGUAAAUUCGCGAAAAUUGAUGAAAUAGAACAGAGCUGCGCGCGCGAAUGAUCGUGCGACUGGCGAUCGUUAAUUGAUUCGUGAAUCAAGAAAGAUACUGCCGUCUCUCGCCGUUAUAUCUGCAGGCCGCACCGCGGAGGAUGUUUCUCAUCGCACCAGUCGACAACAAUCGUUGGGUCUACGCGAUGCACGGAUUAGAAAAGCCCAUGGAUCAUGUGUCCGCCGGCGGCGUCAUGGCGGGCUCCGUUGCCACUCUGGCGAUCCUCUGGGUGUCCCUGCAGACGAUGGGACUUCUGGGUCACUCCCAUUCGAUCGGCACCUACAAGCUGCCCGAGUCUCUGCAGAAUUAUCUUGCCAGUUACACCGGACUGCCAUCUAAUUACGGCUCCGAAGCCAUCGUAGACACCGGUCGUUUUCAAAACCGAAGAUUUCCCAGGAUCGACGGAGCGACUAUGAACAACUCGAUCGAGUUCGCGCAAACGUUGAUCGGCCGCAUGAGCACCCUCGAGAAUAAUAUAGCGAACGCCGGGGUCGAGCUCGAGGCACGAAGCCCAGCCGAGAAGCAAUUCUGGAAUUCCUAUCCUUCCGCGGAUGCUUUCGACAGGAGCAUCAACGCUAUCGUGGCGACGAAGGCCUCGUCGUAUCUCGUGGAACAGAACUGCCGAAGAUUCGGCCUGGACAAAAACGACUGUGCUCGCUACAUAUCGACGCUGGGCCUGCGGGGCACCCCGCUCGGUGAAUCCUGUGCCGCGGCGCACAGCAUAGAAUGCGACGGGACAUCCCGGUACCGCAGCAUCGACGGCACCUGCAACAACAUCGAGAAUCCGAGCUGGGGCAGCGCGAUGACCGCGUACACCCGUGUGCUGUUCUCCCAAUACUUCGACGGCAUCCAAGAACCGAGGCGUGUCGGACAAACGAAGAAACCGCUGCCGAACCCGAGGCUCGUGAGCACCGCGUUGUCCACCGCGAACGAUCAGUCGGACGCCAGCCGAACACUGGCCGUGAUGGAAUGGAGCCAAUUCAUCGCUCAUGACAUCGCUCACACCCCAGUUCGUAAGAUGGUCUCAACGGGAAAACCAAUAUCUUGCUGCCAGCCGGAUGGAGACACUCUGUCACCGCGUCACGUUCAUCCCGAUUGCUCCCCGAUUCGAGUGCCCGAUCGCGAUCCCGUUUACGGCCAGCAUUACGUUCGGUGCAUGAAUUACGUUCGGUCGUUGCCGGUCUUGAGAUCGGAGUGUACUUUCGGACCUGUGGAACAGAUGAACCAAGUGAGUCACUUUCUGGACGGUUCUACGAUUUACGGCUCGACGAUGAAGAAAUCUCGCGAGCUUCGCACUUUCGAAGGUGGACAUCUUCGCGUCGACGUGCGAAACGGUCACGCGUACUUGCCAAGAGGAGAUGCCGAGCUCACGUCUCAAUGUGGAGAGAAUUGCUACAAUUCCGGUGAGAAUCUUAAUCCUACAUAUUUAUUUAUCUACACCGAUUUGAGGGGAAAAAAUUGA